AUGAAAAUUAUAUUUCUCUUGCAACUUCUGCUCCCUAUUUUGGGGUCCUGCUUUCUAAAUACUUUCUCUGCUGACAACUCUUCUUGCAGUGCAUCCUUAGUGGAAAGUAUUCCAGAAAAUUUGACAUAUCCAAUUUUUUCCAUUUCCCACCAAUCCACUUAUAAAGCUUUAGCCAACCUUAUUGAAAUGGCUUCACAUACCAUUGAAAUCGCUUCAUUCUACUGGACUCUACGAGGAAUUGAUAUUUAUAGUGAUCCAUCAGCUUGGCAGGGAGAAGACAUUUUCAAAAGAUUGAUUAUUGCAGGAAGAAAUCGGAGUAUCAGUCUUCGAAUAGUUCAAAAUAUUGAGAAUACCAGACAACCUAAUGAGGACACAAGGAUUUUGACUAAGGAUGCUUUUGCAAAAGUACGUUCACUGAAUAUGACAAAAUUCAUGGGGUCUGGAAUCUUGCAUACUAAAAUGUGGUUGGUUGACCGAACUCACUUCUAUAUUGGAAGCGCCAACCUUGACUGGAGAUCUCUGACUCAGGUGAAAGAAUUGGGUGCCGUAAUAUACAACUGUCCUACCCUGGCAAAUGAUAUGGGUAAAUUAUUUGAUGUCUAUUGGUACAUGGCAGCAGCAGACAGCAUACCCAAACCUUGGCCAAAAGAAUAUAGUACCAAAAUCAACAGUAAAACCCCACUGCAACUUGGAUUAAAUGACACUAAAUAUGACAUUUAUUUAUCGAGCUCUCCUCCACCAUUCUGUGCAGAUGGUCGUACUGUAGACAUUGAUGCAAUCCUCAAAAUAAUAAAUUCAGCUAAAAAAUUUGUGUAUAUUGCUGUCAUGGAUUAUAGCCCUGCUAUUGUUUUCAGCUAUCCAAGUGUCUAUUGGCCUGUAAUAGACAAUGCUUUAAGGAACGUGUCUUUCACGAAAGGGGUCAAAAUCCGAUUACUUGGAAGCUCCUGGGCUCACACCAAGCCAAGUAUGUUUAAUUAUUUGAAUUCAUUGCAGGCCCUUAAUGGAGCAAAAAAAGCAGACAUUCAAGUUAAAAUGUUCCACGUUCCAGCCUUUACUCCAGACCAGGAAGAUAUUCCGUUUGCUCGAGUCAACCACAAUAAAUACAUGGUUACUGAUUCCACUGGAUAUAUUGGUACCUCUAAUUGGAGUGGUGAUUACUUUAUAUCCACAGCUGGGUUAGGAUUGAUUUUCAAACCAUCUAAAGUCCAGCAGUCAGGUGACCUAAGACAACAUUGUUACCUAAGUUUCUUUCCAUACUUUCUCUCUCUUUCCAUACUUUCUCUCUCUUUCCCCCCUUUUUCCAUACUUUCUCUCUCUGAAAACAGCGUAUGA